AUUAAUUAUGUCGGCUACACAUAUAUGCAAGAUGGCAGACCAGGAAGACGGCCUUUACUCCUCAGAAUUUGAUGACGAAUUUAAAGACGACAUUGCAGUUUCACUUUUGCCCAGGGAAGGUGACGAACCUGAGAGGAAAGGAAUACUCCGAUGCUCCAAACUUAACCCAAGAAGGGCAGCCAUUAUUGUUGCUGUUUCAUUUGUGUUGCUUCUUGUUAUUGUGCUUCUCGCUGUUUACGUUCGGUCGAGUUCAACCAACAAGGCGCUUGAUCACCAGAAGAGCACUAUUUCAUUGAGGUUGCCAAGACAUCUAUUGCCGAUAGAAUAUCAUGUGUAUUUACAUCCUAAUCUGACAACUUUUAAAUUCUCUGGGAAAGUUGAUAUUUCUCUGUACUGCAAUGAAGCCGCUAACAAUAUUACACUUCACGCUGGAGAGAAACUUAAUUAUUCUAAUGUUCAAGUAUCGUUUGUUCCAGACGGGGAUGACAAGGAAAAAUCAAAACUUAUGGGAAUUUCGAAAAUCUCUCGACUUUCAGGUGAAAUGAUCUACAUUAAACUGAAUAGCAAAGUUGAACGAGGCAAGAAUUACUAUCUGUCCAUCGAAUUCCACUCUGAGUUGAAUAGAGGUCUGUCUGGGUUUUACCUGAGCACAUAUAAUUCCUCAUCGGGCGAAGUAAGAUAUCUUGCCACAACUCAGUUCGAAGCAACCGAUGCAAGAAAUGCCUUCCCUUGUUUUGAUGAACCUAACAUGAAAGCAAAUUUCACCAUUGUCAUGACGCGAGAAAAACGCCAUGUGGCCUUGGCAAACAUGCCGCUGGAUCACACUGAAGGGGUCAGUGUGUGGGCCCCACCAGAGCAGAUUGAUCAAGGUCAAUUUGCUUUGGAAGUUGCUGUAAAGGUUCUGGAGUACUACGAAGACCUUUUUAAGGUGAAAUAUCCACUUCCAAAGCAAGAUCUUGUGGCUAUUCCUGACUUUGCCGCUGGUGCCAUGGAGAACUGGGGUUUGAUCACAUAUCGAUUGACGUCUCUGCUUUAUAACAAGAACAAAUCUUCUGACUCAAACAAGGAAAGAGUAGCUGUGGUUGUUGCACACGAACUGGCUCAUCAGUGGUUUGGUAAUUUGGUAACUAUGGAAUGGUGGAAUGACCUAUGGCUUAACGAAGGAUUUGCCAGUUUCAUGGAAUUUAUGGGAGUAAACCAUACCCAACCAGACUGGAAAAUGAUGGAACUAUCCAUUUAUGAGAACUUCCAGGGAGCAAUGAGUGAAGACCAGCUCAGUAACUCUCACCCAAUAAUGGCUGAAGUGAAAGACCCAGCGCAAAUUAAUGCUCUCUUUGAUUCAAUUUCUUACGAUAAGGGCGCAGCCAUAAUCAGAAUGUUAGAAGAUGUUCUGGGAAGCGAAGUUUUUUUCCAAGGAUUACAAAAAUAUCUGAAGAAAUACAGCUAUAGCAACGCACAGACGAAUGAUCUUUGGCAGAGUCUUACUCAGGAAAGUAUCAGCAGUGAGGGUGAAAUUAACGUCACAGAAAUGAUGACAUCGUGGACAAGUCAAAUGGGGUUCCCUGUUAUUUCCGUCAAGAGAGAAAACAAGAUACUGCACAUAGAACAGCAACACUUUCUUGUCCAUAGUAACGAUAAACAGCUAACAGCUUCUUCGUCUGACAGUCGACCAAUGUGGGUAGUUCCAUUAACUUUCGUAACGCAGCAAUCUAAAAACAGGAGUUUGGUUUUGAUGAAGAAGAGAACGAUAGAAGUUAAAUUAAGUCCAGACUUGAGUGAUAAAUCGUGGAUAAAAAUGAAUGCUGGACAAACUGGAUUCUACCGUGUGAAUUAUGAAAAAGAAAACUGGGACAAACUAGUUCGUUAUCUUCAUACUGAAGCCAAGGUACUAAUCGUUACUUCCGAGAUUUAUUUAAUUUGAGGGAGAUUGAUUAAAAACGGUGAUGGAAAAUGAAAUGAAAAAUGCUACCUUCGAAAAAAAAGAACAGGUUUUACACAAAGUCGGGGCUAACCCAGUUUUUUCCUUGAAGGAACCUGUCCCUCCAUAGUGAUGUGAGUUAACUCCUGUUCCUAUUUCGGUUGUUCUUUAUUGAGGUACUGCUGUUGUAUUUUGCUCAGGUAUUGAGAACCGUGGACCGCUCAGGUCUGUUAGACGAUGCUUUGAAUCUUGCUCGGAGCGGCAUGUUGGAUUAUGAAGUGGCCCUAAAUCUCACUUCGUACCUUACAAAAGA